AUCAACCGGCCAAUUGGGUUUUACAGAAGACAUGUAACUUGGAACAUAAAGAUUUUUCUUGGGUUAAACGACAAAAUGCUAUUGUACCUAUCCUUUCUGAGCCAGGUUAUAUAAGAUUCUCCCCUACCUUGUGGAGGACUUUGGAGUUGCCCAUCGAAUGUUUGGUGGAAGAACACUAAUAACCUGGAUAUGGUGCCAAAAGAUCUCCAAAUGAUUUUAUAGUUUGACCCAAAUGAUUCUUCUGGAUAUAUAUUUCUCUCUUCAAGAAUAAGUGCAAAGUCCAAAUCCUGCUCACUGGAAGAUAUUUUUAUUUUAAGAUCAUGGACCAUCUUACUAGGGAGAAAGAUGAAAGGCGAACCGCAAAAGGAAAUCCAACAAGAAGUUCACACAGUUCCCGAGCAUCAAGUUCCACUUCAGCCUCUGGUGUUCUUAUGGUUGGGCCCAAUUUCAGAGUUGGCAAGAAGAUAGGCAGUGGAAAUUUCGGAGAGCUCAGGCUAGGCAAAAAUCUUUAUACAAAUGAAUACGUAGCAAUCAAACUGGAGCCAUUAAAAUCUCGUGCCCCACAGCUGCAUUUAGAGUAUAGGUUUUAUAAACACAUUGGCUGCACAGUUGAAGGCUUCCCCCAGGUGUUUUACUAUGGGCCAUGUGGAAAGUACAAUGCCAUGGUACUGGAGCUCCUUGGUCCAAGUUUGGAGGACUUAUUUGACCUUUGUGAUAGAACAUUCACUCUGAAGACAGUCUUAAUGAUAGCAAUCCAGCUGAUCUCUCGAAUGGAAUUUGUGCACUCAAAGAAUCUCAUUUAUCGAGAUGUCAAGCCAGAAAACUUCCUUAUUGGACGACAAGGAAAUAAGAAAGAACACAUCAUCCACAUAAUAGACUUUGGACUGGCCAAGGAGUACAUUGAUCCUGAAACCCAAAAACACAUACCUUACAGGGAACACAAGAGUCUAACUGGAACAGCAAGAUAUAUGUCCAUCAACACCCAUCUUGGCAAAGAGCAAAGUCGUCGAGAUGACUUGGAAGCCCUUGGACAUAUGUUCAUGUAUUUCCUUCGAGGCAGUUUGCCCUGGCAAGGCCUUAAGGCUGAUACAUUAAAAGAGAGAUACCAGAAGAUUGGGGACACAAAGAGGAACACUCCAAUUGAUGUUCUCUGUGAGAACUUUCCAGAGGAGAUGGCAGCUUAUCUUCGUUAUGUCAGACGAUUAGACUUCUUCGAGAGACCAGACUAUGAUUAUCUACGAACAAUCUUCACAGAGUUAUUUGAAAAGAGAGGAUUCACCUUUGAUUACGCCUACGACUGGGUUGGCAGGCCAAUUCCCACUCCAGUGGGGCCCAUGCAUGUGGAGUCUGGACCAUCUGUAACAAGAGACAUCCAUGCACAUAGGGAUCGAUCAUCGAUGCAGCCUCUCCGAAAUCAGUCUGCAUCAGAACGUCGCGGAGAAUGGGAAAUGGCACCAAUGCGACAAGCCAAUGCUUUGUUUCUGCAAUCUCACUUAACUUCAGAUCGGCAUGGGGGAUCAGUACAGGUGGUAAACUCGACCAAUGGUGAGUUGAACAUCGAUGAACCAACAGGAGCACCUUCCAAUGUACAAAUUGCAGCACGUACUGAGGUGGAAGUAGUGGAGGAAGCUAAGUGCUGCUGCUUCUAUAAGAGGAAAAGGAAGAAGUCUUCCCAACGCCAGAAAUGACAGGUGUCUCCUUGAGGUCUUUGGGGGACUUUGUUUACCUGCUGUUCCUGCCACGUCUUAUUGAAUGGGGCUUCUCUUGGGGAGAGGACAAGAAACAAGGGACAUAUUAAACCAAAAAGAGAGGAAAGGGGGAAAAAAUCCAAAAUAAACAUUCAGGUGGAUUCCCCAAAUGGUCUCGCUUGCUCACUCCACGCUUGAAGCUCCUUUUGGAAUCAGGAUUGCAUCCUUUCCAGCACUCGUUGCCCUUGUUGGAAGGUUGGCUGGCUACCUUCCUGUCUGUACAGCAGUUCAGCAAAGAGGGCGUUCCUGGUGGAUGUGCUUUUGUUCCUGCUCCCUUUCUCUUUUGUUCUCGACAUGCUUCCCCCCCAACAGCGGGGGGCUUUAUGAACUGCGGGGUCAACAUGGUGGUGAAGAGAGGAUGCUCUCAAGAGGACCCAGCUCCUCUUGCUGCGAACGGCUUAGUUUUGACUGCACUGGCAGCUUAGACCUGAUCCUUCUUAAUCGCACUCCAACGAAUUCCAUGAUAGUAAGCCAAUGGCGAGAGAACUGCAAUCUACAUUUCCAGUUGCCUUGAUUUACUGGUUUCUGUGGCAUCUCCCUUCUCAGAAUGGUUACAGAGAAGUGUCAGUUGUUCUAAAGGAACUUACGUUGUUGCACUUUUAAUUAAUUUUAGCAUUAUGUAUGCGUAUGCUGUACGUGCGUGUUUUCCCCCCCCCUUGUGGGUGUGAAUGAUGCCAGCACACAUGUUCAGCUUGUAUUUGAGUGCAAAGCCUCCCUUUGACUUAGUCUGUCCACCACAUUUGGAAUCCCCUGGGACUAUUCAGGGGUUUUCAUACCCCACUGUUGGUUGUGCACUGAAGCUUACUUGAAUUUUCAGCUGCCCUUUCCAGCUGUCAGUGAACACCCCUCUUGUGGUUUUUCUCCAUGGUGCCUGACAUAACCUGCUUGGAAUUGGAAGUCUUUCUGCUGGCAGGAAGGAGAAAAGUCAGCUGGGCUGAAUUCUGGGCAGGUCACAGAAAUGCAAAUGCAGACUACUGUAUCCGAAAGUGGAAAGGAUGAGGCAGUUUGGCCAUUUAAAGGGAGCAAAGCUAUUUCAUCAGCGAGAGGACACUGCCACUGCCUUAGAUGACAUAUUUUAUCAGGCGUUUUAGAAGUUCAAGGCCAUCUAUACAGACUAGAAUAGCAUGUGACUUCCAGCAGAGCAGUCUGUGUAUUACUUAUGAUUCUUUCUGUUAUGCAGUCAGGGCUUCCUUAUUAACAUGCCCCAGGCAAUUGGAUAACUUUGUUUUAUUCUGACUUUCCAAAUGGGAUUGGCCACUCUGCAUUCAGUGUGCUCCAAGGCAGAGAUUGUGAACUCCUGCAGAUCUUCUGUGGAUAUGGCUU